AUGAAAGGUGCUGAUUUCGGCAAGGCCAUUGGUAUAGACAGGCCAGCCAACGUAAAAGACAAAAUAAAAAAAUGGCAGUUCGAGCUCAAUGCAGAGCCCGAGAACGCCCCAGAUGCCGCGUCCGACACGGCGCAACCCAAAGCUCCGCCGUCACCCAAGCCGCCCUCGACGCCAAAAGCGAAAGCCCUCGAAGAGAAACCGAGUACGAAGCCUGCGCACACACCUACAAAGUCGGUAGAGGCCACUCCGGAGCGUCCGAGAAGCGCGAAGAAACCCCAGCCUGUCCACAAUCCCCUCGACGAAGAUGUUCAGGUAGCGACUGCGCCUAAGAAGCGUGUCGUGAGCGAUUCGCACUGGCGUAAUAAGACAUCACCGCCCAAGAACCCGACAAAUAAGCCUUCGCCCAAACAGCUGCCCACCGCCUGGGUACGCCCAGCUGCGCGCAAAGCCUUAGAAAAGGCAGAAGAAGAGGCAAAGAAGAAGGAAGAAGAGAAGGAGAAACAAAAGCCUAAAGUCUCGAGUCCACCAUUAGCCCCCAAUCCGCUUCUCAUAUUCACGCCCAAUCUUACGCCCCAAGCACAACGAGCACGAGCUCAGCGACAGAGGAGAUUGUCGCGCCCGACCAGCGCCGGCAACGAUGAGCGACCGACAAGCAGCGGGUCUGGAAACGGGAAGAACGCAAAGAGCGGAGAUGAGGGGGCGGUAUCGCAGGCUUCGCCUUCGCCGGAGAAGGAGAAGACAGAGAUGAUACGGGUGCGACGGCGACCACGCGCGCGGACAUCUCCUCGAGGGUCGUUGUCCGCCGGCGAGGUCACGCCUGUGAAGAUACGUUCAUUCCAGAGAUCGGAGACGGCGCUCAGCGAAGACCAAGCAAAUCUGAUCACAGUCGAAUACGAACCGAGCGAAUCCGAAGCGGCGGUCCGCGAUGCGAUCCGAGAGAGAAGGCGAAAGAGCAAGAGGAGGCCGCGCAGCGAUAUAUCAGGAGACUCUUCACCCGACAUCAGAGUCACAGAUGACAGACGGAAAGCCCAUCGGCGAUCGUAUCAGAAGGAUGAACAGGAUAUCACACCUAAACCCGCCGAACCUGUUGCACCAGCAACAUCUCCACAGAAGUUGGGAAGCCGCCUCGAGAUGUGGUUGCAAACGACCCCUGAUCCAUUCGACGAUAAAGAUUCUCAGCAUCGGCGGAAAUCGAAGGAGUCCAUAUCCACAUUAGAACUACCUCCAGCUGGUGUCAAGUCGGAUGUAAGCGCAUCUAUUGAUGCCAAAGAACCCCCCCUUGAAGAUGAACGGCCGCGUACAAGUGAGAGCCAGCGUCGGAGGAGGAAGAAGAGGAGCUCCACAAUGCCCGUAGAAGUGACAGAGAGAGAAGGAUCAUCUGUGGUGUCUUCAACCGAGUCUAAAGAAUUACCAAGUGCAAAGGCCGACGAGGGCACACCCACGCCAACUCUCAAGCGUCGUGGUGCAAGACGAAACCAACAGUCGCCCACGAAAGAACGCGUAAUGUCACUUCCCGCUCGCGACAUACUGGAUAAAGACGAGGAAGCUGCAUCGGCUGCUCCAUCCUCUUCCGUGGACUCACAGGCGCUGGACCUUGAUAAGAUAACUCUGGGUGCGCCAUAUGAAAGUCAGGCUAUGCGACGGCUGUUUCCUUCGACAGGAAAGCGACUUUCCACAAUCGUGUCUAUGGAUACGUCCGCGACGAACAAUCAGCGAGCUGCACCAUCGGAAGGUGCAGAUACUGAGAUGACAGAGACCUCAGUCGGCAAAAGCAAUGCCAUUAAAGACGUAGCUGCGUCAGAAGUAGGAUCGCAGCUUCGUACAGAGACUUCAACCAUUGUCAGCCGCAAGAGCACAAAGCGCAGUAGACUUGCGAGCCAUGCCGACUUGAUCUCGGUACUUUCCAUGCCCAAGGCAGGCACGAGGAGUAUCGUGUCCGCGCGAAGCAUCAGAACAAACAGGAGCCGCUUAGCUACUGCCACACUCGGCGAUAUCAUGAACGAGCUUGCUUCGGACGAAAGCAAAUACAUGCGAGAGCUCCGCACGCUGGUCGAUGGUGUCAUUCCUGUCCUUCUCAGCUGCGUUCUGUCUAAAUCCGACUCCGCCGUUGCUGCAGGGCUAUUUAGCAAGACAUCGAACACAGAUGCAAGCAACGUUACGAAGCCUAUUGUCGAUAUGGGAGUUUCCCUCGAGCGCUUAAAGACGCUGCAUAAACGGAUUCCGAAGGAAGACUCGGACUCGUUCCUAUCAUGGACACAAAGUGCACAACGAGUGUAUAGUGACUACAUAGCCGCAUGGCGCCUUGGAUUCCAGGACGUUGUUAUUAGCCUCGCCUCGGCUGACGAGGAGCCUUUCAAGCCAGCGAGAGUCGUGGAUGGACCGGAUGAUGGAGCACCGUGGGAUGAAGGAAUGCCCCGCAACGCAGAAGGCUAUGUAGUCAACGGUGAUGGCGAGCGUGUCGACGUUGCAUAUAUGCUCAAACGCCCCUUGGUUCGAUUGAAGUAUCUAGUCAAGAGCAUCAAGGGCAUCAACCAUCUGAAGCCGACGGAACGAUCGGAGAAGAUGAUGAACGUUUUCCAGGACCUCGUCACCGUCGCUCGAAAACGCUCGAACGAUGAACACGCGCGCCUCGAAGACGAAGCUGCCGCGAAUAUUGACCCUACACGCUCGCGCGAUCCUCGCAGUCUCGCGCCUCUUGCAGGUGUCCGUGUUGACCGGAAUCGGUGUGUCCGUGCUCGAGAUCAUUUUGAUCUACACCUGUAUCAUUCGAGUGGACAAGAGGUCAACUGCCGUGUUGAGGUACUGCUACGUGAUGAUGCCCCAGGCUAUGGCAACAGUGGAGAUCUUUUGAUUUGCGAAGUGGGCAACGCGGAACGCUGGCUUCUGUUACCCCCUAUUCAACUGAGCCGCAUCUCUGCUCGCAAUGGGGAUCGUGAGGGCGAGAUCAUUGUAAUGAUUCGAGGAUACCACGCUGAUGGCAAUGAGUGGAGUGAAGUAAUGUCUUUGACAAUAGAUGACGAGCAAGCUGGCUUCGAGUGGGUACAGAUGCUGGGACUUGUCCCAGUCCCUCCUCAGCUGUCCGAAGUCGUGCGAGACCAACCACUUCAGAAAGCGCCACGGCCGACAAGUAGCCACGCCUCUUCCUCCCUAGUCUCGACAGCCACUGGAUCAACUCCGCCACAUAAAAGCCGCACCCCCAGUCCGCAUGAGAUUGAGAUACCUAUCGGCGAGCAGGCUCUCGUUACGUCAAAACGAUGGAGUUUUGAUACACCAGAUCGGAAGCGGCACUCACGGACUGUGUCCCCGAUCACCCCGCCGAGCAGCGAUGUCAUUGCUGGUGCUCAAUCCAGCCCGGUAUCACCACGGUUGCCUUUGGAAGCUCGGGCAAGUGGCGCAGAAGCCUCAUCUCCUCGACCAGAAGAUGUUGACCAAUGUGAACGUACGCCAAGAAGCCUGAACGAUGCUAUGCGACUUGCCGAGAAUAGCUCUCCGUCAAGCUUGAAGCGCACCAAAGCUCACAGGCGCUCGAAGACUAUGUCUUCACCCUCUACAUCUCGGCCUUCGAGACAGAUCACGCUAGACGAUCCCAUUGAGGAGGAAACGGUGCAAUAUGUGAAGCCUCCUAGAAAGAUGUCUAAGCGCCGGCAAUCUGAGCAGCCACAAUCGACAACUUCGUCAAUGUUGUCUCAGUCAAGCAAGGGCUUCAGCGUCUGGCUGCCUACAUCAUCCGAAAUCGAUCAAGACUACUCGGACAAUUCCGAGGAAGAUGACCGUUCCGAUAUUUCUGUAGACGACGACCAUGAACCUCCUGUGCGGCCUCUUGUGCAUCGACGCGCAUCUUCGGUGCCAACAUUGGACAUGCCCACCAUUCCAAGACUGCGCAAGUCUAGCGGGCCGUCUACUCAUAUAAAGUCUGAAGAGCGGAGCAAGAUGCCGGAUUCGCCCGCGUCCGCACCUUCGAAUGUCGAAAAUGUGCGAGAAACAAUCGAUGAAGACCUUACGCCUGCAGAAGCGGAGGACGAGCCCCCUCCGCCACCACCGCAUCGUUCCCAAACUCCGACGACACCCGUCACUCUGAAAGGAUCUAGCACUCCGGUAUUCACACCCAUUCUUUCGGGCUUCAGGAACAAGCGGCGUUCGUCUUCACCUCUCAAGCACGAGUAUGAGCCAUCGACCUGUUCAGAAUCGUCAAGCGAAAGCGAGGAAGAAUUGUCUGAAAUUGAAGAGUCGGCAACUUCAGAGUCUUCCGAGGAUGAGCUUGAAGACGACGUUCCCACGCCGCUGAUGCCGCUAAGUCAAUUACCUCAACCCAAGCAGUUCCCCAAGGUGUCGCCUCCCGGUUCGAUUUACACGCUUCCGAAUGGGACCAUCACACCUUCCCAGUCAGCAUCGAACACUCCAUACAGAAAUGUUCCACAAGGAUCUGGUCAAGCCUCUAAGGCUGUCGCGUCCAUCUUCACGUGGUCGGACGCAGGUCGAUGGGACAGCUUGCAUCCCGACGAGUGCAGCAUUGUAGUUAUCCCCGGAAAGAUUGAGGUUCAUGAGAUUUCGGCGACGCAUUCGAAGCCCUUCGUGGCGGACGGCGAUGAAAUCAUCUCAAUAGAAACCACAGUUCCCCUUAUUGCGGUCGAGCUGACGCCGCUGGUACCGCUCCGCAAAUCCACGGCCAUUGAUAUCUCUAUCCGUUCCCCGCCUACGGCCGAAUCACGCAUAAAGAGCGGUAACAACAUCAUGUUGCGAAGUCGAAACGCACAAGAGUGCGCACAGCUUUACGCAAUGAUUAAUCACUCACGUAUCAACAAUCCAACGUACAUUGCCCUUCAGAACGCACGAGGUCCAUACGGGCAGUCAAGCUGGGCCGAAGUCAUGGAACGCCAGAACGCAGCGCGCCCCAAUCCCGGCGAGAAAACCAGCUUUUGGACCGGCACCCUUGGUCGCCGCAGCUCCUAUCGCAAGACAACCACACGCGCGGCUUCUAUAUCCGCAGCCACCGAGUCUUCCGUCGGCACAAUGAACACUGCGCUGCGCAGUGCGCUCGGCCGCUUUAGCUUCGGCAAGAAUGGGCGCUUCAACAUCAGAGGCUCGACACUAGGAUCCCGCAGUAUCAAUAGCUUCGACAGUGGCUCUAGUGGCUCAGGUUCAAGGCCGGGCUCAGGCUCGAGCAUACCCAAUCCCGGCCGCGCACCCGGCGCACCGGCAGGCAUAACAAACACCAAGGUGCGCCUCUACGAGCGCGAGUCCCUCACCAAAUGGCGCGACAUGGGGGGCGCUCGCCUCGCUAUCAUGCUGCCGUCUCUCGACCCGUUGUCCUCCCCUUCGAAUCCGCUCUCCCGCAGCCCAGGUAUGCGCAAACCUAGUGAAGAGAAGCGCAUUGUCGUCACCGGCAAGAAGGAUCAGACUACGUUGCUGGAUGUUACGCUCAGUGAGAGCUGCUUCGAGCGCGUAGCGAGGAGCGGUAUCGCGGUCAGUGUGUGGGAGGAUAUUGUGGGCGCUGAUGGGGUGGCGGGUAGGGCGGCGAAUACGGGGGUGUGA